AUGUACACCUAUCAGAAGAACCGAGCUGCCCGAGUGCGAGUGGGUAAAGGAGACAAGCCUGUGACCUAUGAAGAGGCGCAUCCUCCACAUUAUAUUGCACACAGAAAAGGCUGGUUGUCUCAGCACACAAGUAACUUGGAUAGAGAGGGCAGCACAGCAGAACGCACCGUAAAAGACGUCUUCAUCCGCAGGUUUAUAUUCGGCACAUUCCACGGCUGCCUGGCUAACGAGAUUGUGAUUAAGCGCCGUGCCAAUCUGCUAAUCAUCUGUGCUAUCUUUAUCCGAAAGUUUCCCAAACAGAAGUUCUCCUUCCUGAUUGGCUACACAGAAACACUUCUUUCCUUUCUGUACAAAUGCCCCAUCAAAAUGGAGGUGCAGACUGUCAUUUAUAAAUAUCUGUAA